AUGAUAAAUCGAAAAGGCACGGAGGGGAAAGAAUCUGAGUCUUCUGGGUGGUGUUUUCCGUUUGAAUUUCAGUCGGUGCCGGUCUUCUUGUCGGAGGUUGCUCCAGUGCAGUGGAGAGGAGGGGUGAAUAUUCUCUUCCAACUAUUUGUGACCAUCGGAAUCUUAAUCGCCGGCAUUGUGAACUACAUCACGGCGAAAUUGCACCCGUACGGGUGGCGCGUGUCCCUGGGAAUGGUCGCCGUGCCCGGGCUUGUCCUCUUCUUCGGCUCCAUGAUUCUCACGGAGACGCCGGCGAGCCUGGUGGCGCGUGGGAAGGAGGCGGAGGGGAAGGCUGUGCUCAAAAAGAUAAGGUAA